GACCACCACGACCACCACCACGACCGCGCCUCCGGCACGCUUCACCUACGCACCGCAGUCUUCUGUGGGGAACAAUUACAACAUAACCGGCCUCAAAGUGGGCAUGAUGGUGCCGUACAAGUCCUUCGGUGUGAGGGACUACACCAGGGCGGUCACCACCGCUAUCAACUCGCUCCAGAGGAGUACGAGGGGUCCGCGGCUGGGGCUCUUCCAGCGCUACGAUCUGCACGUGAAGAUAGCGAUGAAAGAGCUCACACCUAGCCCUACCGCGAUUUUAGACUCGCUUUGCAAGGAGUUCCUCUCGGUGAACGUGUCGGCCAUCUUAUACCUAAUGAACUACGAGAAAUACGGACGUAGUACGGCCAGCGCUCAAUACUUUCUCCAAUUGGCCGGCUACCUAGGAAUCCCCGUGAUCGCGUGGAACGCCGAUAACUCCGGGCUCGAAAGGCGGGCGUCGCAGAGCAGCCUGCAGCUGCAGCUGGCGCCGUCGUUGGAACAUCAGACCGCGGCGAUGCUGAGCAUCCUGGAGAGGUACAAGUGGCAUCAGUUCAGCAUAGUCACCUCGCAGAUAGCUGGUCACGACGACUUCAUACAAGCGGUCAGAGAGAGAAUCUCCGAUAUGCAAGACACGUUCAAAUUCACCAUAUUGAGCGCCAUUCUGGUCACCGACCCACGGCACGAUCUGCAGGAGCUGAUCAAGAGCGAGUCCAGGGUGAUGCUGCUGUACUCGACCAGGGAAGAGGCCACCAGCAUCUUGAGCGCCGCGACCGAUCAAAAAAUCACCGGCGAGAAUUACGUUUGGGUGGUGACGCAGAGCGUCAUCGAGAAUCUGCAGACUCCCAGCCAGUUUCCAGUUGGAAUGUUAGGCGUGCAUUUCGAUACAAGCAGCGAGAGCUUGGUAAGCGAAAUCACCACGGCAAUCAAGGUCUACGCUUACGGCGUCGAGGACUUCGUCAACGAUCCGAAAAAUGCGAAUCGCAGCCUGAACACUCAGCUGAGCUGCGAGGGCGCCGGCGAAUCGCGCUGGAGCACAGGGGACUUGUUUUUCAAAUACUUGAAAAACGUCUCCGUCGAGGGCGAACAAGGGAAGCCGAACGUGGAGUUCACUCAAGACGGCGUGCUCAAGGCGGCGGAGUUGAAAAUUAUGAACCUUCGGCCGGGAGUUAGCAAGCAGCUCGUCUGGGAGGAGAUCGGUGUCUGGAAGUCCUGGGAGAAGGAGGGUCUGGACAUCAAGGACAUCGUCUGGCCGGGCAAUACCCACACGCCGCCACAGGGUGUACCGGAGAAGUUUUACCUGAAGAUAACCUUUCUGGAGGAGCCGCCCUACAUCAAUCUCGCACCGCCCGAUCCCGUGACCGGAAAAUGCCUGGUGGAUCGCGGUGUUCACUGUCGAGUGGCCAAAGACUCCGACAUGGAGGAAGUGGAUAUUCAGGCGGCACAGAAGAAUGGGAGCUUUUAUCAGUGCUGCAGCGGAUUUUGCAUCGACUUGCUGCAGAAGUUCUCCGAGGAGAUCGGCUUCACUUACGAACUCGUGAGGGUGGAGGACGGCAAGUGGGGUACUCUAGAGAAUGGAAAGUGGAACGGGCUCAUAGCCGAUCUGGUCAAUCGGAAGACCGACAUGGUAAUGACCUCAUUGACGAUCAACUCCGAGAGGGAGGCGGUGGUCGAUUUUACCAUACCCUUCAUGGAGACCGGUAUCGCUAUUGUCGUGGCGAAGAGAACAGGCAUUAUAUCGCCCACCGCGUUUCUAGAACCGUUCGACACGGCUUCAUGGAUGCUGGUGGUGAUCGUCGCGAUACACGCCGCGACCCUAAUGAUACUGUUCUUCGAAUGGGCGUCGCCCUCCGGUUUCGACAUGAAGGUAAACCCUUCUGGCGCUGCGCAGAAACUGAAAAAUCCAUCGGCAAACCAUCGCUUCUCCUUCUGCCGCACGUACUGGCUGGUCUGGGCCGUAUUAUUUCAGGCUGCCGUCCAUAUCGACUCCCCCAGAGGAUUUACAGCCAGAUUUAUGACGAACGUCUGGGCGUUGUUCGCCGUGGUGUUCCUCGCCAUUUACACUGCCAAUCUGGCUGCCUUCAUGAUCACGCGGGAGGAGUUCCACGAGUUCACCGGCGUGGACGAUCACAGACUCGCCAGGCCGUUCUCCCACAAGCCCAUGUUCAAGUUCGGCACCAUACAGUGGAGCCACACUGACAGCACGUUGGCCAGGUACUUCAAGGAGAUGCACUCCUACAUGCAGGCCUUCAACAAGAGCACCGUCGCCGAUGGUAUCGAAGCGGUGAUUUCCGGAGAGAUGGACGCGUUCAUCUACGACGGCACGGUCCUGGACUAUUUGGUCUCCCAGGACGAGGACUGUCGUCUGCUAACGGUUGGAUCCUGGUACGCCAUGACGGGCUACGGUAUCGCAUUCUCCAGGAACUCCAAGUACCUACAAAUGUUCAACAAACGGCUAUUGGACUACAGAGACAACGGAGAUCUGGAGCGAUUAAGGAGAUACUGGAUGACCGGGACGUGCAAGCCCGGCAAGGAAGUACAAAAGAGCAGCGAUCCGCUCGCGCUCGAGCAAUUCCUGAGCGCGUUUCUCCUGCUGAUGAUGGGAAUUCUCCUGGCGGCGGUCUUCCUAUUUCUGGAAUACGUGUAUUUCAAGUACAUCAGGCAGCACCUCGCGAAAAGCGACGACGGCGGCACCUGCGCUAUUUUCAGUCUGAGCGUGGGGAAGUCCUUGACCUUUCGUGGCGCGGUGUACGAGGCGCAGGAUAUCUUGAGGCGCCACAGAUGCAAGGACCCGAUCUGCGACACCCACUUGUGGAAGGUCAAGCACGAGCUCGACAUGGCCAAGAUCAGGAUACGACAGCUCGAGAAGGAUCUCGAGGCCCACGGAAUAAAGCCGACUCAGACCAAGAGGAAAACCGGAAGUCUCGGCUGGUGGCGAGGGUGCUUCCAAAGCUCGGACCGCCGCUCACAACCGGAGCCACUGGCGGUGGAGGCUCCGCAUCCGCUACCGCCGUACUUCGAUUCGUACAUCGACGCCGUCGAGGUCGCCCGUCCGAGAGACAUGAGCAGAAACCACGUGGUCAGCACGGAGUACUUGCCUGAUAGGUUCUUGCCCACGGAGAUUUACAGGAUUCCGGACAACAAUACGGCCAGGACGGAGAUCGCCGAGAUCGAGACAGUUCUGUGAUCGUAAGAGGAUCGGCGUCAGUCGCCCGACCGCGCGGUACCGGAAGCGGAGGCGCGGAAGUGGACGGACUGGUGGGCCCCCGAAGUCCCCGGAAACGGCGCGAUCUGAAAACUGAUCGCGUCGCGCUCCUGCCUCGAACAACGAGCCCCUCCCACGCCACACAUCGAACCCUCGUUCGCUCGAAGAAUCGCUGGACCUCCGACGUCAAUCCUCGAGACUGUUUUCGCGCUCGUGCGGACACACACACACACACCCGCGACGGAACCCACGAGGGACAAGAGGAGAAGGAGGAGGAAGAACGUCAGUGCCUGUCGACGAUCGAGGGUCGAGCAGCGACCAAGAAGAAGCCACACGACUCGAGGAUCACCGUGAACUCGAGGAAGUGCACUUGUUGACACUCGCGUUACGUUCCCGAGAACGUUUCCCGCGUCGGCCGCGUCCUCCGAUGCCGCGAGGGAACGUCGUAGACCCGCGGAAACCCCGGUGGACCUUGUGAUGUUCAUGAAGGAUCACUCGGAGAUCGAGUCCCGUCGGAUCUUGGUGUUCGGAUUCGACGGGGUUUGGUAAGAAAGGAAAGAUAGAAAGGAGAAAAGGAUAGAGAUAGAGAGAAGGAAAAUAAAAUAAGACGCGCCACCGACGACCGAGUCGUCGCGUGCCGCGCGCCCGCGUAAUCGUGUGCACGUGCAAAGAUUCUUUUCGAAAUUUCAAUUUGUGCCUAAAAUCGCCUGGACGCGACCCGCGAUCUGCGCGCCCGGAUGAUCGAGCGAAGCCGGUGUGAGGCGCGUUGCGAAGUACGGCCGAUCGUGGAAGUCGAUCGACGAUAGCAAAGCCGAGCUCAGAAUUGUCCUUGGGAAAAUAUCUCCAGAGAGAAUUAUAUUUCACGAGUCAUGUAAUUUCCUUUUUCUCAAGUCUCUCACUUUUUUUAAAAUAUUCGUGUGUGUGUGUGUGUGUGUGUGUGUGUUGGCAAUCGCGAGUCGAUAAUUUGCAAACAAACUUCCUCUAAGAAAUUUAUAAGUACAUGCUUCUCUCACCUCAGUUGAAUCUCUUUAUCUUCUUUGUGUUCUUAUCGCGCUACUUCAGAUCUGGAUUUCAUUUGAAGUAUUUUAUCAGUUUAAAGGUCGGAGUGUGAGCAGAAGAAUUGGAGAGAUUCGAUGAAAUGUUAAGUGUGACGAUAGCUGGAACCAAGAUAACUCGCGGUAGGUAAAGGCACACAUUUAUUCAGGCACCAACAAUGCAAUAGAUAGUUAUGAAAUUCCUAAGUCUUUUAAGAGGAACGCGCAUUCCACUUUGUACGAACUCGUCGUCAGUCAGUUUCCAAACAAGUGUCGUACACAGUGAUUACACGUCGACGCGGUCAUGAUCGACGUGUAAUGGGAGAGUCCAGAACAAACUGAAAAACUUAAUCGAUAUCUUGGUGGAAAAUGUCAAUGUGUACCAUACGAGAUAAACAUGAUAUGUAUAAGCAUAUGUGUCGGAUAAAAAAAAGUUAGUGUAAAUGAAGUUGAUAUAACAAAUAUAGUA